AAAGUUUACCUUGGCUUGUGUUAUUGUUUCCUGUUAAUUAGCAUUUCCGUGCAGGAUUAUUUAAUAUCACGACAGUACAUUAAAAGGGUUUUCUACGAUUUCAACAUGUGUCGCUGAAUGAUGUCAAUAAACUCGUAAAUUGACACAAUUACAGAAUUUGGAAGAAUACGCAGAUGAAACUUUAAAAAUGGCUACAAUGGAGCCUCCAUUCGUCGAAGAUGACAUCUGCAUCCUGAAGCAUGAAACGGCAGACAGCUUGUUGGAGCUAUCAAAGGAGAGCCCUUUUUCCAUGAGUUCAGGGGAUGAGUCUGUUGCGUCCCACUUUGCGCUUGUCACUGCCUAUGAAGACAUAAAAAAACGACUGAGGGAUGCAGAAAAAGAAAACUCACUCUUAAAGAGACGAGUCAAGCAACUGGAAGAAAAGAAUCAACACUGGUGUGUUCAGCCAGGAGAACUAACUGCAGAAGUACCCAAGUACGUCAAUAAAGCCUUUAAUGCUUUUCGUGGAAUCUACAUCGAGAAGAAAGAUUUGCAAAUGGAACUGGAUAAAAUGAAAAAUGAGAAAAGUGAAUCUGAGAAGCAUCUGACUGAACAGCUGCAAGCUAAAGAACUAGAGCUUCUCCAACUAAAAACUGAAGUGGAAACCAAUCAAGUUAUGAAAAAGCUGACCCCCACCAGUGAUUAUUGGGAGCUGUACAAAGUGAACAACGAGCUGAAGCUACACUCCUUGCAACAAGAGCUAGAUAUCCUCAAAAGUGAAUACAACAAACUCAGAGAAAAAUAUAAGGACCAAGUUAAUAACAAACCUGUAUCUACACAAGGAUCAAGAUAUCAUAGCGGGGACGCUUCUCUACUACAGGCUUACAGAGACCUCAAAAGAGAGAUGUCUAAUUUAUAUGCAGUGACGAAGUUGCAAGCCGAGGUGGUGAAAAACCUGAGAGACAACUCAAAAAGUGCAGCCUGCAGAGAUUCAUCUGCUGUUCCAAUACAGUGCAUAGAAGACCUAGAACUUAACAGCAGAAUGGUUCAAAUGACUGCCCCCAGGCCAACACACAAAAGCCCCUGUGGUUCCUUUAAUGGCUUCAUGUUCAGACAUGCCACAGCACCUCCUAUUCCGACCGAGGCCACGGGCUUAUCUGAUGAUCCUUCCAAACACUGUUGGACAGCUGAGAGGCCGAGUCCUGUUGGCAGCGCUGCCUUGCAAGAACACCCCUCUUACGGACGCACUUCUUUAGAUGAAAACUCCUGGUCGUUUCCCAGCCCUCCAAAGCCUAGCGAUGCAUUGUUUUGGGAAAAUGCAAACACCCUUUCUUCCUCCAAUAAUCCAGUUACCUCCCUGAAGAACCAGGAUCGAGGGUGGCUUGGACCUUAUUAAUUUUUAAUUGCUUUAUCCACUGUCUCAACCUUGUGCAGCAGAACUUUUCUACAAAUCUACAAAUAUUACAGAGCUUCCUUAAAUGUAACAGCUUCAGCUAUUUUGGUUAUAUGAUGUAAAUAAGGUAAUGCAUUAUAUUUUAGAAUUGGAUUGGAUUCCAUGCAUUAAUGCUGUUAGCACGUUAACACUUGGUUAUUAACUAAAGAAUUGAUGACACUGUGGGUUCCUGUCACAGAUGGCUUUGUGUGGCGUGUGAGUGGUGAUGUCAGGUUCAGGAAGCAGUAGUCAAAAACAGUAUGGGCUGAAACUGAAGCACUAUGGCUGCGCUCAGUGUUUUAUUAAAAUAAUAAACAGUUUAAACCAACAUAAACACUUCUAAAAAACAAAAAAGCAUAUUGGCCAAAAAAAUAAACAAUAACACAGACAAGUAUAGGUAUAUAGCAAUUAUUUCUCUCUUUCUUCAAACUCGCAUCUCUCUCUUGUCUCUCCUCUGACACCCUCCAUCUUCUGAGCUGAGAGUGGGUCCUUUUCUAUUCAUGGCUGGAGCCUUAAUUACCUAUUAAUAAAUUACCUUAUUAAGGCUCCAGUCACAUUCCCACGAGAGUUCUAGGG